AUGUCCCAAGUCUUGGACGCCGCUUCAUCCGACGACGAAGACGGAGCGGACGGGGAGGAGUACAGCUCGGGGAGUUAUCACUCGGGUGACUCGGAAGAGUUUGAGAUGCUUCAUCGGGAAGUCUUGGAACGGACGGCGGUCAAGAGGGAUAUCAAGGACUUUUUGGGAGGCCUGCCGGGUCAGAUGGGGGUCACGUACCAGGUAGUAGAUCGGCUAGGGGAAGGCACAUUCUCCUCGGUCUACCUCGGAUACGACCUACAACACGACUACCACGACAACAGCUACUGGAUAGAACCAACUCCAGAUGACGGAGAGGACCGUCCGCGAGUCAAGGUGGCGCUGAAGAAAAUCUUGGCAACCAGUAGUCCAGCGAGGAUAGCGAAUGAGCUCGCGAUCCUGGAGGCUUUGAGGGGCUGCCGGAACGUCUCGCAACUCAUCACUGCCUUCCGACACCUUGAUCAGGUCAUUAUCGUCUUGCCGUAUCAUCCGAGCGAUGAUUUCCGGGCCUUUUACAAAUACAUGGACGCCGGCCAUAUCCAGGUCUACAUGAAAUCGCUCCUCCAAGCUCUGAAAGACAUCCACCAACGAGGAAUUGUCCACCGGGACGUCAAGCCCGCAAACUUCUUGUUUGACUACGAAUCGUGCACUGGCGUGUUGUGUGACUUUGGGCUGGCAGAGCGCUACGUUCCUCCCCGCAAAGCGACGUGUCAGCACGCCCCAGCUAGCCUCACCUCCCUCCAUGGCAAACACCAAAAGACACCCGAGUCGAAGGUUGUCGAACAGGCGGUCUACGUUGCUCGGACUCGGGCAAAGGCGGGAGAAGCACGAGUCGGCUUCCUGCAUGAAGAUAAGCGCGGUUCGGUCAAGACGAACCGGGCGGGUACGAGGGGGUUUCGAGCGCCCGAGGUACUGCUCAAGUGCCCUGACCAAACUGUCGGUAUCGACAUCUGGUCUGCGGGCAUCAUGCUGCUUUCGAUUCUCACCCAAAAAUUCCCCAUCUUCAACUCGAACGAUGACAUUGAGGCGUUGAUGGAGAUUGCGGCGAUUUUUGGGAGGUCAGCCAUAGAACGCUGCGCCAUGCUCCACAACCGGACAAUGAUCUGCAAUGUCCCCACCCUUGAGACCAACCCCGAUAGCAUGAAGAACCUCAUUCUAAAGCUCAACCCACACAUCUUCACCCCGCCCCUCACCCACCCUUCAUCUGCUGAUGCCCGAGCGCAUAUCGAGGCGAUGGAUCAAGCUAUCGACCUGUGUACUCGACUCCUCCGUCUCGACGUGACCAAGCGCCCCACAGCGGCGGUGGCACUGCGCCACCCGUUCUUUGAGGGAUUGGUGGAUGACGAGGAUCUGAUGGUUCAGGAAGUAUUGUCUGGACUGGACGGACGAUGUGGGGCUCUACAUGGGAUAGAUGAUACUGGACGACGUAAGUUGCUACCGGGUGAAUCUGCGUCGCGCAGGGCAUUUAGCUGA